AUGGAGCGGAUCCGUAGGAUCGUUACAGAUACAAUCAAGGAUCCGGACACGGCGGCGAAGUUGACCCCUUGGUUCACUUCAUGGUGCAAACGCCCGGUCUUUCACGAUUACUACUACGAGGUCUUCAACCAGCCGAAUGUUCAUCUCGUAGACGACGAGAAGGGAGUGAGUAAAGUUACGCCGACGGGAUUCGUCGCCAACGACACCGAGUAUCCCGUCGACGUCAUCAUCUGGGCGACAGGCUAUCGCGGCCCCUUCGUCGGAUUCCCCGAGGAGCGCGCCGGCAUGGAGAUCAUCGGCCGUGGUGGGCGGCAUCUGGACGAUAAGUGGCGUGAGAAUGUGGCAACUCUACACGCGAGCAUGACGGAAGGGUUCCCGAACUUGCUUCUCAUGGGUCUCUUUCAGGGCGGGAUGACUCUAAGUCAUUCUACGGUUAUGGACUGUAUGGCGAAACAUGAAGCGUACAUUGCCCAACAAGCUAGGGAGCGCGCUGGAGGAAAGGACUUCUCGGUUGAGCCAACAACAGAAGCGGAAGAAAGUUGGAGCCAGGAGGUCAUACGCUACUCACUGCCCUCUGCCGCGCUGGGAGGCUGCACUCCAAACCUUUACAACAACGAGGGCGCCAUAGACCGGCUACCGCACGAGCUCAAGAUGAAGAUGGCCAGAGGCGGGCCAUAUGGAGGAGGGUUCGGCCAGUUCUCGGACGCAAUGGAGGCUUGGAGGAAGGAGGGCUCGUUGCGAGGACUGCGGAUAGACGUUGCAUAG